AUGGCUUCCGUUCAUGGGACAACUAGUAGCGGUACUGGCGCUGGGUCGUCGCCAGGCACGAGCUCAUCCACAGUAACCGAAGCGGGCAGUGUUGGCUCAGCUACGGGUUCUUCCUCGUCUACUACAGCAGUUUCCAGCCAUUCCUCACGGCCGAUCACUACCAGCAGCACGAGCUCCGAGGCGAUAGCUGGACCUGAAGCCCUCAUUCGGGUGUUAAACGCUGCUGUGGAGGCCGGGAUCGAGAGAGGAGUUGAUCGUGCCCUCCGUCGUGCCUCCCGUCCUCCUGGAGCGGGCGAGCCGCCACUGCCGCCCUCAUCUGAUGGCUCACGGCCGGCCAGCUCUACAGCCCAUUCUCUCCCUGCUACUCCGCCACUAUCAGGUAUGUACCUUUGA